AAAUAAUUCCUCUAUUUACUGUGUAUUCGAAUGCAAAUCCUACGUCACGUGACUCGUUUGUUUGUAAACAUUGCCUUGGAAACCGAAAUGGCCGAGCCUGCUAUGGGCUUCUUAUUGAUUGAAUGAAGGAGAAAAGGUGAAACACCCCAGUCAAGAUGGGUGUUGACUGGGAAUACCUGCGGGGGGUGACGGGUGAUGCAGGGGAGUGGAAAGAGGCAGACCUGGAGGAACUCUUUCAAAGUCUUGCCAGUGUGACAAAAUUACGACCAAGAGACAAGACGCCAGAGAAACUCGAGUUGCUGUUCACUCUCACCCAGGCCGUGAUGAUGACCAAGUACUCACAGGUUGUGACACUGGAGGAAGAGGUUGGUCGCCUGGCAGAGUCAGCAGGUCGUGGAGAUGCCCAAAGAGAGCAAGAGCUACAAGCUGAGAUUAAGCACCUGAAAAAAUUACUUAAAAGCAGCCAGAUACCUGAAGCUGCCGCAGAUAAUGAUGUUCCUUAUGAUUGGUCGAGUGGUUGGAAAAUUAAGAAGAAGGAGAUGGAGGAAGCUCUGCAGAGGAAAAAUGAGGAGAUCCAGCAGUUCAUGGAUGACUUACAGACCUGUGAAAAUGAACGUGCUUCACUCCGUAUGGCAGUGAUGGAGUUAGAAGACCGUUUAGCUGAUGCAACAAAGGAGAUCAAUAGGAUAACAUCUGAUUAUAUAGGUGUUAAGGAGUCCCAUAACCAUGCUCAAGAGAGUCUGUCCAUUAUUCGAGAAGAAGUUAAGGGUCUCCAUUGUCAAGUUGAAGAACUGGCAGCAGAGAAAAGCUUUGUGCAGGAGAAAUACGAUGAACUCAGCACUGCUGUGGAUGCUCGAGUUGAUCAGCUGAAGAUUGUUAUUAGUCAACGUGAAGAGGAACUGCAGAGGGUGAAGGCUCAGUUGUUCCAGAGGAGUAGCUUGGGUCCUUCCUUCCAGCAGGCUCAGAGUGACAUGUCCCAUAUACUUCACUUGGAACAGGAGGUAAAAGAGAGGGAUGAAGAAAUUACUCGUCUUAGUCAGCAGUUAGCAGAAGCCACUCAGGAAAUUGAGUCUAGUGCUGUGAUUAUAAACAAACUCAAGAAGAGUCGAGUUUCAGCAGUAGAAGGUGAUGCUGCUGUGAUAAACCAGCUACGAGGAGAGCUGCACGAGACACAGCAGCAAGUGCAGCAGAUGAGAACACAGCUUUUGGCAGCAGAGGAAGAUGCCCAGCUCCAUGCUCAGGAUCUCUCGACAGUUAUUGGGGAACUGCAGUCAUACAUGGCCGGGGAAUUCUCACUGGCUGAUGCUGUGAGGGAGCUGAAAGAAGCAAGGAGUCAGGUCCGCAUCAGGGACUCCCAGAUCACGCAGCUUACGGCCCUCGCCAAUACUUUGCAGAUUAACAUUAAUGACCUGCUGGAGGAAAAUGGUAGUCUCAGGGAACAAUUGAAACUAGAGCCUCGUGAGGACAUAGAUAUCCCAGGUGUUAAGAAAACUGAUUGGCAGAAUAGUAAAAAGAUCAUUGAACAGCUCACCAAUCAGGUCAACCGACUCCAGGAUGAGAAGGUCAAUCUGCGAACAAAGGUCUUUGAGUUAACCAGGGAGCUCUCCAAUGCUAAGGGGUCUGUGCAGUUUACAACACUAGAAUUGCCAAGACAGUUUGCAUCAGGACAAACAUCAGUGCUACAAACAACUCAGCCCCUCGAAGAACAGUUAAACCACCUCAGUGCAGCUGUUGCCCAGUUGGUGCAGGGUCAGCAAGAGGGACCUGUUGAUGACCAGCUACACCAGAAAAUGGAAGCCCUCAAGGAAAAGUGCUUAAGGCUGGAGGGGGAGAAAGCUUCCUUGGAGAAGAUACUUUUAGAAAGUCAGCGAUGGCAAAAGAAGAGGUCCGACAGUGACAGGACUUCAGAGAGCUCGGUCUUUGACCCUAAGAGAGAGAUGUCGAAGGAUGAAGCCACAGAAUCUGCAAGUAAAUCCCCUGUAGCAGCACUUGACGAACUGAUUGCUGCCUUAGGGAAACUUCCUCCAUCCACUGAAGAAGUGAUUGCCAAGCUUAAGAAUCAAGUCAAUUUUCUGAUCCAGGAAUGUAACAAAAGGGAGCAAGAGAUUGACCAGCGAGAGAAAGCGUCCCUCAUUUACACAAACCAGUUUGAUGACUUACGUACACAAGUGACUGACUUGAACACUCAAUUUGCAAAAGAUCGUGAUGAAUGGCAGGCUGAGAGAAAGUCGCUAGAAGAAUCUAUAUCGCUGUUGGAGGAAACAGUGAAAGCGGAGAAAGCCCGCACAGAAGAGCUCAAUUCGACCAUUGAUGCCAUUUCAUCCGGCCGGAGCGAUGUUGAUGGGAGGCUUGCAAAGAGGACUGCAGAGCUGAGGUACGACUUGGUUGUAACAAAGAGGCUGAGCAAUAACCAAGGGAAGGAAAUCACAACCUUGCACAACAGACUGAGAGAAAGAAAUGAGGAACUACAACAACGCAUUCUUCAGAACAAACAGGCAAGGAACGAAAUUGAGCAAGAGCAAGGGCUUUCGAAGCUCCGAGUGCAGCAGCUGGAGAGGGAGCUCAGCCAGAUGGUGCCCAGAACUGUUGCUGAUCAGACCUCUGCCCAGAUGGCUGCCAUCACUACCAAGUAUAGAGCACUUCUGCAAGAUCAGGCUCGCAUGAAGGAGAAUCGGGAACAGGGUGUACGUCUGGAAGCAGAGGUGAAGCAGCUGCUGGAGGAAAGAGAGCAGCUGAGUCAACACCUGGAAAGUGCAAGGGAGAAGGUCCACUCCCUUCAGGCUUCCCUAAACCUCGUUGGGGCUAAUGUCACCAAUGUGCAGGUGGAGGUACUAUCCAAGCAGUUAGCAGCUGUGGAACUUCGAGAAUUACGUGAAAAACAAAAGGCAGAACAUGCAACCACAAUGUUCCACAAUGUCAAGAAGGAGUGUGAUGAUCUGUACCAAAGAGUGAAGGAACUUCAGAACACAGUGGAAACCAUCUCUAAGAUGAACAGCACCCUACAGAUGACAGAAACAGAACUGCGAUGCCAGCUCCAGAGUGUCGUGUCUCGUGAAGACUAUGAGAGAGUAAUUCAGCACUCACAGCAAGUCACUGAAGAGAAGGCCAAGCUAGCCCUUGAUGUGAAACGAUUACAAGGUCUGCUUGAGGUUAACACUUACCAGAUGAAGCAAAGGGAAUUCGUAGAAGCUGUUGACAAGGAAGAGAUGGAACAGCUGAGGCAAAAGGCACAUGACUUGGCUGCCAUCAGUGAGGAACGAACAAAGAUAGGUGAGCUCCACCAGGAUAUUGUCUAUCUCAAAGUUAAGAACUUGGAACUGAUAGCAGCACAGGAGGAAGCCAAGGCAGCAAAUGAAAAACUUUCUGUUGAAAUAUCCCGCAUGAGGCAGCAGCUACGAGAUCGUGAUAGGCUGCUAAAGACAGCAACCGAUUCCAGCCGUUCACGUGCCACAAGGUUACAUGUCAUCAUUAGAGAUCUGAGGCAACAGUAUGCGGGUGCCAUACCCCUGCACCAGCAAGAACGCUUGGUGGACCUGAUGGAGACACUGAAGCAGGAAAGGAAUACCUUACAAGUUGCCCUCCAGAAGACCCAACAUGAUAAGAUGGAGGCCAAAGUCACUCUCAGGCAGCUGAAACUCAAGCAAGAGGCCCUUGAUGAGCUCAAGACAGCCCUCACCUCCCCCAAGUCCACAAAGCAUGUUGCUGACUGGUGCAGCAAGUUGGAGGAGGCCAAGCUGCGCAAUGUGGAGCUAGAGGAGAAGACUCAGAUGCUGGAGGAAGAGAGAGCAUUGACUCUGGUGAGACUGGAAGGCAAGGAGAGGAAGCUGUCAGAGCUCUACUCCCAAAUUGCCAGCGUGGAGAAGAUGUGGAUGGACGAACAGCUGGUGUGGGAGGAGAGGGAGGCUGAAUUGAUGCGGGCUUUGGAAAAACAUGAAACGAGGCACCAAGAAGCCCUGUUGGGAAUGAAGACCCUGGGCUUCCAUGAUCUACCUGACCAAAAACUGCCUCUUUCCAAGCAGCUAGAUCAGGCACAAGACAUGCUACGUAAUAAAUCCACUCUCAUUGAAGGGAAGGAAAAGGAACUGGAAGAAUGCCAGCAAAAGAUAGAAAAGUUAGUGAAGGAACUAAGAGACAAAGAAGUUGCUGUCAUUGCACGUGAGAAAAUUAUUAAUGAGUUGAGAUUGCAAGGAAGCAGCUUGAAGAAGCCAUGGACUCCAAGAUCAGUGGUACAAGAAAGUGAGGAGAACGAGAGACCUAAAAUGGUGCCACCUGAGGAAGAGAGCAUCAAGGUAGUCAUGGAAGGGCUGAAGGAACGUCUGCGCUUGAGUCAAGAGGCUGUAAACCAUUAUCAGGACCUGCUGGCAAAGACACAUAAGGAGCAACAGCAGCAGGUAGCAAAACAGAAAGAGGAGUAUGUCCUUCUGGCCCAAGAGAGAGAUGAGCUGGUUGCAAAACUCAGAGACUUACAUUCCCAGCUUGACUCCAUUCCUACACGUGACACAGGAUCACAUGCUCUAAAUGAAGCACAGACAGCUCAGAUUCACAGCCUGGAAGAUGUGAUUAAGACACUUGAGACUCGCCUUGAGGAGACCAAAAGUCAACUGAUGGUGUCUGAAGGAAAGGUGAUGCAUCUUGAAAGGGAGCUCACUGUUUCUCGUCAUGAGCAUUCUGAAGAGAGGGAGCACUUGGAGGUAUCAGGGCAAGUGAAGGCACAGCAGCAUCAGAGGGAAGUUGACCGACUGUCAGGUGAGAUUAAUAAUAUUCGACGGGAAAGGGAUGACCUCCGGAAAGAGGUGGCCCUUCUCAAGGAAUCUGCAAACCGGACCCCAUCUGUAAUCCUGAGGACUUUGGUAGAGAAGUUGCGAGACCAACUCAUUGAAAAGGAGAAGCAGGUUGCUAAAUUGUCUCAAGCAGUACAGGAAAUGAAGGAGAAAAUUAUGUUAAAUGAUGAUAAGCAAGAAAAUACAGUGAGGGAUGAAGAAAAGGAACCAAUUAGCAUUGAAAAAGAGGUGGCUCAGGCUACCAGUAGGGCCACUGAAACUAUUAAGUCUGAGCUAAAGAAGGUGCAUGAAGCCAAAAAAGAACUUGAACAGAAGCUCCAAAAUCAAACCAUGCAGAUAUCCUCUUUGAAAGAAAAGAACAGUGAGGAAAUUAAUAAAUUGAAUGUAGAGCUCAAGUCUUUAAAAACACAUAACCUAAAGCUUGAAAAACAAACACUGCAACAAAAGCGAGCAAACAGCACAAUGAAGCAAAAAUUGGAGGAUCUUGAAGGGAAAUCUCCCAUGUCAAUAGCCAGAGCCAUUGAGAAUCUGCGAGAAAAGCUCGAGAAAAUGAAUGCUACUCAUGAAAUUGAAGAGAAUGAGGCCAAAAAGACACAGCAGCAAGAACAGAUCAUUCGCUGGGAAGAGAGAAAGAAGUUGAGGGGAACUAUAGACAAGUUGAAGGCCAGAGUAAAGGAAUUAGAAGAGGCUCAAGGCAUGAGCCAGAAGAAGUUGGAAGCCAGCAAGGAUUUGCUCAGUCGAGUUGAAAAGGAGAAGCUGAUUGUGCAGCACAAGCUAAACACCAUGAGCAGAGUGUCAACUGAGCAGAUGUGUGGUGUUUGCUUGAAGGCUCUAAAUCCUCUGGAGAUGGGGAAUAUCUCUACAGCUCCAGAUGUUCCCCCUGCACCACGUACAAGUCGUUCAACAAGCAGAUCAAGGAAAAACAGGGUGAGCCCCUCUCCAGACAGGAGGGAGGGAGGAGUAGUUAGCAGGGUUCCUCCAAGAAGUCCAAAAUUGGUUAAAAAGACCCAAACAGAUCAAGAUGAAAGUGAAGUACAGUUUCGAUCCCAGCUCAAGCAGGCCUUAGAGGAAAAGCACAAACUGGAGACACGACUGAAGGGUGCUGUAGAGGAGAUAACAGCCCUAAGAGUUAGGCUGCAGCAGAAGGAAGAGGAAGAAGAGAGGUUGAUAGUGGAUAGAAGUAGCCCAGUUGCCAGGCGUGUAGGAGGGGCAGCAGUUGUGUUGGAAUAUGAGUCUCGAAUAGCUUCUUUGGAGGAAGAAGUGCGGCAGAAAACACGCCUGUUGGCUCAUGUAAAACAAGUUGUUCGUGAAGCAGCUGCUAGAGAAGAAGUCCUCAUGGGAGAGAAGGAUGUCUUACUACAAAAAGUGACUUUAUUAGAAAGCGUUUCAGAGGACACUCCUGCUGCGCAUCUUGUCCAUGAGCUCCGCCAAGCUAAGCUGACAGUCAACAGGCAGCAAAGGCUGCUAGAGCAUCUACAUGGAAAGUCAUGAGUGUAAGAAAAAAGGAAAUUUUGGAUGAUCUCAUAUCAUUUCUCAGAAAUUUGACAAGUGCUGAUCACUUUAAUGCAGUGAGUAAGCUAUUUUCUGAAAGGUUGCCAUUUCCAUUUCUUGGAUAUAUGUAGUCUAUGAAUACAUAAGAAUAACAUAUAAAAAAUUUACAGCAAAUAUAAUUCCAUUACUGUUUACACUGAACUACUAUUUUAAAGAUCUAAUUAUACAUGCAAGACAUUUUUAGAUCAUACCAUUGGAGUGCAGGUAUUAACAUAUUACAUGUUUAUUUACUUUGACCCUGAAAAUGAGCAUGUAUUUUUUUUUACAGUUAUUUAUAUUCCUGAAAUGAAAAUUAUUACAGAUUUUUGUAAGAUAUAUGCAAAGGUAAACCCAGACUUUCCUGUAUUGCUCAAAACCACAGUCAGAGUUCUUGAGUAAAGUAUGCUCUCUUUUUUUGGUUGUAGCUGUAGGAAAAAAGGUUAUAAACCUUUGCUCUGUUGAAUUUAGAAGAAAGAGAGAAAAUUAAACUGCUUUUGCCUGUAAUUGUGUAGAUGCAGUAUGCUAAAAAAGUACAAUUAACAUUGGCUGCUAAUAUUGAAUACCGAUAGACUUCAAGCUGAUAAAAUGUGUUGGUUUGUUCUCUAUAAGGAGAACACUUGUUUUGUGCUAUGUAUGAAAAGGCUGAAUUCCAGAUAGGAAUAUUAUCUUGCUUUCCAGUAUGUUUGAAAGCUUUUGGAUUAAUGGGGAUAACAAGCCUGCAAUUCCUGUGAUUCUAAGAAAUUGCAACAUAUUUUCAGUUUUGUAUUUUUGUAAAAUGCAACAAUGGCAUCUCUAUAUUCUGUAGGCAAAUAUGUGCUAUUCUCUUUAGUGUUAUUGGGUUUUCUACUUUUGAAACUUGUUGAAGUUUCCAGGGAGUUUUAGGGUCAGAAAAAUAUUUUUUGAAAGAGAAUAUAUUUUUUAGAUAGUUUAGAUCUGACAAAGUAAGGAAUAUAUUAGAAUGUAAUUUGAUAUAUUUCUUUUGAUAAACUGUCACUUUGUGUCAAAUGCACCUUUGGCAGAAAAAUUAAGAAGCAAGAAAGCUGCUCUUUGGUCUCUCUCUCUCUCUCUCUCUCUCUCUCUCUCUCUCUCUCUCUCUCUCUCUCUCUCUCUCUCUCUCUCUCUCUCUCUCU